AUUGGGCCCUCCUGGUUUUGGGGGGAGCAUAAGGGAGGAGAUCCUAAAACAAGUCCUGGUGGGACUGUGGGAAGGAGGCAGGGCCGAGAAUUUGCUGAUCCCCUACUUUGCACCGGGCACGGGUACCCUCUUGACAUUGUGUGAAGAACCACUGGUGACUAUCCCAUUUUACAGGGGGGAAAACUGAGUCUCAGGGAGAAGUAACAUGAUCUCAAGCAAGUGGCUGAACCAAGAGUAGAGGCUCCUCUGUCUGACACUAGAGCCUGCAGGUGUUGCCCUCUGCUGCUGCCAACCAGCCAAGCCUGGUAGACAUAGGGCACACGGGACAAGUUUAUCUUCUGUGAUUUUUCCUGAGGUGGACCCGCGGUAAUCAUGUUUUUCCUCCCCUCAACCUAACUGAGGCUCUACUUCUGCUCCCCAGCAAAUGGUUCUGUCCACACCUAAGCAGCUGAGGAUGGAAACUAAGGAGGCGGCUAGAGUGUGGCGAGUUUGGGAUCCAUAGUAUUUACAUGAUGGAGAUUCUGGGAACAGGAGUGGAAUCCAACGCAUAUUGAAACGACACUGUUUCUCAGCCAGUCCAGGGAAAGGUGUUAUCAGCCACCUAGGUGACCGUGUCCCAAACUGAGCACCCUAAAUUCAAAACUACAGCUGGCUCACAGCCCGGGUGGCAGCAUGGGGCCUUAAUAUAAAGAGCUUGAGCUUUGGAUUCAGACACACCUGAGUCAUUUAACUUCUCCAAGCCUCAGUUUUCCUAUCUGUCAAAUGGGUGUUAACAGCCCUCAAUCUCUCUCCCUCCCAUAUCUUCCCGGGCUUCAGUGAUUCCACUAUGAAGGUGAGAAUCCAGCCCUGUAAGUUGAGGAUGGAUUUGAGCUAGAGAUCCCCUUAGGGUAAAGUAAGAGCACAAUGUCUGCCCCUACUCAGGAGCUUCCUGGAGCCUGACAAUCUGCUGCAGAUGCUGAUGGCUGCACAAUCCCAGCCACAAUCUCCACUGUGUUGGUGGUGCAAGGACAACCCUCAGGGUACUGCCCUUCAGUAACUCAGAGCAUGGCUCCCCUAAAUGCCAUGUCCAGCAUCUGUAUCAGACCUGAGCCUCCCUUCAGGCUGUCUGAAACUCGGAGAUUGGUCUCUCUAACACUUGGGGGGCUGGCACCAGUGGCACCCCUUAAGACAUGCUGUAGAUGCCCAGAGAUGAGUUUGCUGUAAGAAUCACCAAGACCAAGUGGAAUCCAGUCCAGUUUGGAGAUGUGGAGGCACGACUCCCAGAUGCAGGGCAAAGAGCAGGGACCUGGAAGACCUGGAUUCAAAUCUCAUCAUGGCCACUUAGUUGCUGUGUGACCUCGGCCAAAUCACUUCACCAAUUUGAGCCUCAGCUAUAUAAGUUAACACCUACUGGGCAAGGUGGUCAUGAGGAUUAAAUGAAAUUAAACACUGAUCAUGGCACCUGGCACAUAGCAGCCGUUCAAAGGACGUUCAUUGCUUUCCCUGUUUCUUUCUUCUUCUGUUACAAAACAAGACAUGCUCGGAAAACUAAGGAGAGCAGGCAGGGUGGAAUAGCAUCAUAUUUCUGGUUCUCCCAGCAUGAGACUUCUUGGAGGAGGUUCGGAGGCCCAGAAGCUUCUCUCUUUCUAAUGUACACUUGACCAUAGCAAAAGCACUAUCCAAUAGGCGUCUUAGAGCCGAAUCUUGAUGGUUUCCCAGUGCACUUGACCCAGGGCAAUUUCCUAUAGGAGGAUGAAAAGUUGAGAAAUAUUCCAAAAUGAAGACAGAGCUAAUUCAGGCCUGUAGGACAGGAAGGAAGAAGCCACAGAAGGGCCAUGGGCUGGAGGGGAAGAAACUGAGCAUAGCUAAUAGGAGACUGCCUUGGGCAAGCCUCCAUACCUGUGCCCACUUGGCAAAUGCAACAUCAUCUUCAAGAUUGAAAUGACCCCCUCUAUGACUUCCAUCCUGACCCUGUCCCCUUGGAGUUGACCACUCAUUCCUUUGCACACUGAGUAUCUUUUUGCCCCUGUCCCUGUUAAAGGACAGGAAACGUCACUUUGUCGCUUGCACACCUCUUUCCUCCACUAGGCUGGAGCCAUGGGGGUGCCUCAUAUGAGUUUGGUCCCUGGGAGGAGCUCAUUAAACCUUUGGAAAAUUGAAGUCGUGGGAGCUGUACCAUGGGACCAUCUUAAACUUGAUGCUGGAGGCAGGGAAAGGACAGGGGCUGGGGAGAUGGACUAAAGGAAGAUGAGAACAUGAUCAUUGAUGGAUAGAUAAAGUUGAUUUUAUGGCUGAGUGAUGAGUGAGAAGGAAAGCUUUGAGGGAGAGAAACAUGAAAGUGCAGAAUUAUAGGAACUUAGCUAUGUUCAAGGAUGUUCGUUACUGAUUGUUUAACAGUAAAAAUUUGGAAAUAACCUUGUACCCAUAAAUAGGACAUCUGUUAUAUAAAUGUUGGUACAUUCAUUUUAUUAAAUAUCUUGCAGCCAUUAAAGAGAAUGAGGCAGAUCUAUAUGAACUUCUCUGGAAAGGUGUUGUGAUAUUGGGAAGCAGUAUGGGGCAGUGAUUAAGAGUGCUUGGGUCAUCUUACCUGGAUUCAAUUCUGUCCUUCACUUGCUGUAUAAUUUGGGGAACAUUUCUUAUCCUCUCUGAGCCUCAGUUUUCUCAUUUGUAAAAUGAAGAGACUAAUAGUAACAACUUUAAAGAGUUGUGAGGAUUCGGGAGGAUGCAAGCAUGUAUUAAGUAUUCAGUAAAUACUUGUUAUUAUUGAGAAGUGAAAAAAGUAAGAAGCAGAAAAUAUGCAUGCCAUCUCCCCACUUUUCCUUUUUAAUAUUUUUCUUCCUGCAGAGAUAUAUGUGUAUAUAAACAUAUAUGCAUGGAAAAGCCAAACUGUUAACAGUGUUUAUCUCUGAGGUGUGAGAUGGAGAGAAGAAAUGAGGGAGGGACUUAUGCUUUUAGCUUUAUACACUUCUGUCUUGUUUUCAUUUUUACCAUGAGCAUGUAUUGGCUUUGUAAUUAAAAUAAUAUUUAUUUAAUUAAUUGCUGACUUGCACCCUGAGCCCCAGAAUGGAUGUGGCUGGUUUACGGAGGAGGAUACACUCCACCCUGGGGCUGCCUGGGAGGGCACCUCCCCCCAUGCCUGGGAACCCUCACUGCACUGUCACCUGCAUGAUGAGCCCCAGGCCUACCUGCCUGGCUGCCCACCUGGUUUUUCAAAGUAGUAUCUGUCAGCCCCUCCCAAACCGGAGGCAGCCAGGCCCGGGCCAGGCCUCCCUGAGGUCCUUGGGCACCCACGAUGCUCACCCACAGCAGCUCCAAGGCUUAAAACCCCCCAGGAAUCAGGUCUGGGCAUGUCCUCAUGCUGACAAAACACAGACCUUUAGCCAGUCCUGAGGGAAGAGAGCACCAGGCAGCGAGGCAGCCAGCUCCGGAUUCCAAGUCUCCUCUGACAUUCUCCAGCAUGCCGUUCUUUCCUGAGUUUCUGUUUCAUUUGUGAGGCAGGAGUUAUCCUGCCCGCCCCACAGACCAUUGUGAGGAUGGAGUGAGAAGAUCAUCUGUGGGAAAACACCUAAUGCAUUACUUGGCACAUGGAAGGUUCUCAGGAAGUUUUUAUUUCCUGCCUACAUAACCUGCUUAACAGGCAUAGACCCCUGGGAUAAAUAGGAGGCUAGCAGGAUCAGUCAGCGUGAGUGCAGAGUUGUGUCUUUCUUGGCAAAGUCACCACAUUCCACGGCAAGCACAGUCUCGGGGCUCCCCAAUUAUGCAGCACAGAGGGGACUGGCUGCACUUCUGGUGCUGGUGAGCCACUCCCCAAACGAGACCUCAGCCUCUAUUUAGGGUGGGCUUAAAGUGUAAUCUGAAAAAUGAAGUCACCCCCAGGUGAUUGCAGGGAGCAGAAUCUUUAACCAAAAGGGGUAGGAAGAGGCUGCUCCCCACAGGUGCUGAAUAAAUGCGGCGACUGAUGAGCCUCGGGAGAGAGAAGCCGGGAGGGAGUAGGUGAGCCCUUUGGAUUGUCUGCUCCCACCCUGCCUGAUCUGUUUCCCCAGGUGAUUCCUACUUUAAACCUCUGUGUGAGCGGCAACUCAACAUGAGCUCCAGUCUACCCUUGAUCUUCCUGUGUCUAAGUCUCUUCACUCAAAGGAUGUGCGUCCAGGGGAGUCACUUUAACAUCGAGGUCAGCAGAAGUGACAAGCUUUCCCUGCCUGGCUUUGAGAACCUCACAGCAGGAUACAACAAAUUUCUCAGGCCCAAUUUUGGUGGAGAACCAGUUCAGAUAGCACUAACUCUCGACAUUGCAAGUAUUUCCAGCAUUUCAGAGAGUAACAUGGACUACACAGCCACCAUAUACCUCCGACAGCGCUGGACGGAUCCGCGGCUGGUGUUCGAAGGCAACAAAAGCUUCACUCUGGACGCGCGCCUCGUUGAGUUCCUCUGGGUCCCCGACACGUACAUCGUGGAAUCCAAGACGUCCUUCCUCCAUGAAGUCACUGUGGGAAACAGGCUCAUCCGCCUCUUCUCCAAUGGCACAGUCCUCUAUGCUCUUCGAAUCACAACAACGGUUGCAUGCAACAUGGACCUUUCUAAAUACCCCAUGGACACACAGACAUGCAAGUUGCAGCUGGAAAGCUGGGGCUAUGAUGGAAAUGAUGUGGAGUUCACCUGGCUGAGAGGGAACGACUCCGUGCGCGGGCUAGAAAACCUGAGGCUCGCUCAGUACACCAUACAACGGUACUUCACCUUAGUCACCAGAUCGCAGCAGGAGACAGGAAACUAUACACGAUUGGUCUUGCAAUUUGAGCUUCGGAGGAAUGUCUUGUAUUUCAUUUUGGAAACCUAUGUUCCUUCCACUUUCCUGGUGGUGUUAUCCUGGGUUUCAUUUUGGAUCUCUUUGGAUUCAGUUCCUGCAAGAACCUGCAUUGGAGUGACCACUGUAUUGUCCAUGACCACACUGAUGAUAGGGGCCCGCACUUCUCUUCCCAACACCAACUGCUUCAUAAAGGCCAUCGACGUGUACCUGGGGAUCUGCUUUAGCUUCGUGUUUGGGGCUCUACUGGAAUAUGCAAUUGCCCACUACAGCUCCUUACAGCAGAUGGCAGCCAAAGACAGGAAUGGAAUGCAUCAAACACCUCAGUCUCACGAGGGGAAGGCAAAAGAAGUGGAGGAAGUCAAUAUUACCAACAUCAUCAACAGCUCCAUCUCCAGCUUCAAACGAAAGAUCAGCUUUGCUGGCAUUGAAAUCUCCGGUGAUAAUGUGGAUUACAGCAACUUGACAAUGAAAACCAGUGACAAGUUCAAGUUCGUCUUCAGGGACAAAAUGGGCAGGAUUGUUGAUUAUUUCACGAUUCAAAACCCUAGUAAUGUUGAUCGAUAUUCCAAAUUACUGUUUCCUUUGAUUUUUAUGCUGGCCAAUGUAUUUUACUGGGCAUAUUACAUGUAUUUUUGAGACUUGUACCUUGAAUUUUGGAUAUAUCAUAGAUCUUCGAUAGGAUAAGGCAAUGAUGAAAUGGCAUGCUAAUCCAAGUGUGUUCACUAGCCUAAUGGUGCUACAAGUGACUAUAUUAAUAUCUAAGCAUUUCUCCACAAACACAAAAAAUGGACCUCCAACCAUUUCCCUGAGCUGUGUAGAAGUGCUAGCAUUACAGAAUCCUGUGAUGAAAAAAUCAGCCCAUUCCUGUUUUAUCUUUAUGAAGGACAUCCCUGUGGAGCCUGAGAUUACAGAACUUCUCAGAGCUAACGAUUUGCUCACUGGUUCCCUGGUCUGCAUUUUUGACUUAUACAAAAAAUGAGAAGACCAUUGCAUAUAUUGGGUAACCCUCAAGUGCCAUGGGUUGUUUCUAAAUUAAUAAUACAUGAUAUUUACUGAAUCUCUGCAAUGCUUAUAAAAUGCCUUGUUGCUUUUUUAGGGAGCAACAUUUUUUACUUUUUAUUUUUGAUUAAAAUGAAAUGUGGCCCUAAGUCAAUUCACUUAAGUCACUGCACUAACUUGAUACUAAAAUGAGUAUUUAUUAUUUUUGUCCCCCAAAAUCACCCCCAAAUUCUGCUAAGUCCUCCCCUUGAAAAAUCAAAUGUAAGUGAAGAAAAAUUAUGUUUUUAAUCUCAAACAUAAAUUUCUUGCUUCCAAGAAAUAAUGGAUUCCCCAAACUGGAAGGACCCUGGGGUUUCAGCCCCUACUAUAUGUAUCUUAUCAUUUUGCUAUUAUAUGCACCAGUCCUACACAAUGCUAAAGCUCUUUCCCCACAUCAGGGAUAAAAAUGGAAGAAAAAAAUUUUUUUUUUACUUAUACUAGGCGUUUUAAUAUGAGCUAUUUCAUGAAGACUCUCAAAAUCGAGUCCAUUUCCUAGUUGCCUUUACUUGCAUACUGGUGAAGUGCUAAAAGUACUGGGUUGACACAUUCAGAGAGUCCCCUGUCAUUUCUACUACGCUGACAUUGAGCAACACUUUCCCCAGCAGCAAGAUCCCUGCAUCCUUCCAAGAGGAGCAUUUAUUCCUGUGUUAUAAUCAUCAGGAGUGAUGCUUAGCAGGUAAUGAGCUGUAUUAUCCAGGAAAAUUGACUUAGCUGAAGUAAGCUGGUCUUUGAUCAGAUCCCUGAUCCUCCUGGCUGGACUGCUUUGAGUGACUCAUCAUUGCAAGAGCUGGAGAAUGUGCCCCUGGGUGCAGAACUUUCUUAGUAAUAAUGGGACAUGUUAUAGAACCCAUGUUCAGACUGAAGAUGGGGUAUCUUCUCAUUUUAAUAUAAGAAGAAGCACAAUUAUACAUCUCCCUCAUGCUCUUCGGCCAAGCUCAGCCAACAGCACCACAACUGGUGAUUUGUGAGUGUGUCAUGGUGGAAAGCGUCCAGAUCAGCCUCAAUCAUUUUAAAGAAUCUUGCCAUCUUCGACUCUUUUGCUCCCUUUUCUAGCAAAUGCAUGUCUUUAGCCUUCCUUUCAGCAAUAAACCAUUGCUUUGGAAGACCAUUUCUCUUCUGUAGGUCCCUAUAUCCACAGGCUCUCAUUCUUUUUCCUUUAUGAUAACGUCUCACAAUUCAGUUUCUAUGGAUUUGAUUAUCUGAGUUUUUAGCAGUAAAAUGUUUCAAAUGGGGAUGUGGAGGGGGGGAGUUUAAAAGAGGUGGAAUGUAGUUUUAGAGUUCAAUUGUAUUUGUGAUUUUUUUUAAGGCCUAAUAGGAAAUAUUUCCUCUCUGAAAUCCCACUCAAGCAGUAUAUAAACAAAAAUGUAAAGAUGUGAAACUGUGAAAUAAAUACACCAUAUGAGUUA